GUCGCGCUGAGUUCACGACUCGCGUUUCCCGCGCUUAACCGUCGCCGCGAUAACCCGCGUUCGCGAUUUUUCCAUCACGUUAUUAUUAUUAUUUCGGUUCUGUCGUGUUAUUGUUGUUUUUGUUUCUAAAAUCGUCAUCAUUGUGAUUACCGUCGAUUUCCGGUCGAAGGACAACGUCCGUCGUAACGACUUUCCCUCGUCGGGCCACCGAACGAACCAUGUCUCGACCCGACUAUUAAUACCUAUACAUAGGUAUUAUUAUACCCUGGUCAUUGUACGCGGUGGUAUUUAGAUUUUGACACCGUUCAAAGUCGCGUGGCCGUCAGAACGCGGUGCAUGGAUUUCGCGGAAAAGUAUUUUUGAGGCUUCUUUUGAAGUAUUAUUGCGAUGAGGCAAUCUGCGGUCAGUGGUAUAGAGGAAUGUGGAUAUCGGCGAACUAGCUGCCAUCAUAGUUUAUUGGUUCGGAGUAGCUCAGAACCAGACAUAGUCGCGGUAAGUGGUUAUCCAGGUAGUUUAGACAUGGAGGCAUACGAUGAAGAGGAGGACGAAGACGAUCCCGAAGAUGAAGGAGACGACGAUGACUGUAUAGAUGCAGAACGUAACCAGCAGGAACAACUGCCAUACCCGGGAUUUGUACCCAUUUCCAUGAAGUACUUGGAUCAGAAGUCUAGACCCAGAAAUUGGUGUUUAGCCAUGAUCACAAAUCCGUGGUUUGAAAGAGCAAGCAUGUUGGUGAUACUACUAAAUUGCGUCACGUUGGGCAUGUACCAACCGUGCGUGGACGAUCAAUGCAUUUCUAGACGGUGUAGAAUAUUGCAGGUGUUUGAUGACUUCAUAUUCGCGUUCUUCUCACUAGAAAUGAUCGUGAAAAUGAUUGCCAUGGGAGCGUACGGCCCAAGUACAUACCUUGCGGACUCCUGGAACAGAUUAGAUUUUUUCAUCGUGAUUGCCGGUGCUCUGGAGUAUUGUUUAAACGUAGAAAACAUAAAUUUCUCCGCCAUACGAACAAUAAGAGUGCUACGACCGCUUAGAGCUAUCAACCGAAUUCCGAGUAUGAGAAUAUUGGUAAUGUUGCUGCUGGACACCCUUCCUAUGUUGGGCAACGUACUACUAUUAUGCUUCUUUGUGUUUUUCAUAUUCGGAAUAAUAGGCGUACAGCUCUGGGAAGGUAUACUGCGACAACGUUGUUUUUUGAAACCGCUUCCUAAUGUCACUUAUCCAAAGAUGUUACCAGCGUAUUACACAUUAAACGAUGAAGAAAAAGAUUAUAUAUGCUCACACAACGAUGCUAAUGGUAUGCACUCGUGUUUUGAUUUGCCACCUACUCGACACGACUCACUCAUUUGUAAUGCCACUGCGACUAUGGCUUUGACCAACGGGUCAUGUGUUAACUGGAAUUACUACUAUACAGAGUGUAAAUCACAGGGCGAAAAUCCAUUCCAGGGCACUAUAUCAUUCGACAACAUUGGCCUGGCCUGGGUUGCCAUAUUUGUUGUUAUAAGUUUGGAAGGUUGGGUGGAUAUAAUGUACUACGUCCAAGACGCUCAUUCGUUCUGGGAUUGGAUUUACUUCGUGCUGCUCAUCGUGAUCGGAUCGUUUUUCAUGAUAAACCUUUGCCUGGUGGUCAUUGCCACGCAGUUUUCCGAGACAAAGAAACGUGAAAUGGAAAGGAUGAAAAUGGAACGUGCUCGUUUCCACUCCACCAGCACGCUUACCUCUUCGACCAACAACUCGGAGCCUUCGUCCUGUUACGCGCAAAUGGUCAAGUACGUCGCUCAUCUAUGGAGACGAGGCAAGCGAAAACUGAUCAAAAAGUAUCGUGUGUGGAUGCUGCGGCGACAGACCGAAAGAGAAGAAAAACUGCAACAACGAAGCACGACAGUUGCACUACUUUCGAUGAACAGUAAUAACAACGACAAAAAUGUUAAUUUUUUAGAAGCAAAUGAAAAUAAACAAGGUACUUGUGGCAACAACGACGAAGUAGAAUCGUUACAACCAAUGCUUCGUUUUGUGGAAAACACUCAAAUCGAUUCGAGUGGAAACCUUUUGAGUCCCGGUUCGACGUCCAGCAACGGCGGAAUCGUGUCAAGGAGACGAAGCGUUGUAGUGGCUUUCAGCGACGAGUUAAUUACUAGGAGUAACCCUGUCGUAACCGCUGCCGGAGCCCAUAACAUUUGUUCGAGUGAGAAAAUGACACAGACGGGCGACGGCAAUGUGUGGAACAACACAACAGCGGUUGCUGUGACCAAUAAUACUACAACUGUACCAGUCGAUCAGGACAUGACGUGUCAGGAACUUUUGGCGUUGAGCGGCGCCCUGUCGGCGGCUCUUCCCACAGGCCAAUCCGCACUAACAUCCUUGCUAAAGACACUAAGCAAAACCGGUGGCGUCCCUGUGGCGACUAUCAUGCAAAACGUGAAUCGCAACAACCGGACAAGGCAUCCCUCACUUCUGGACAGGCAAUCGGAAGGAGAGUUAAUGGUAGAAGAUGACCAUUUGGAAAGUAAAAACAAAGCUUGUCUCACCGACGCAGUGGGUUGCCUACAGAUUUAUUGUCUGGUGGGCUGUUCCCUGUUGAGAGAGUGUAUAAAGCUCCUUGUCAACCACAGACGAUUUCAACAGUGCAUUUUGCUCGCAAUACUCAUCAACACGCUCAGCAUGGGUAUAGAAUACCAUAAUCAGCCACAGGAGCUCACUGUCAUUGUAGAAUAUAGCAAUAUUGUAUUUUCUGCUAUAUUUGCUGCUGAAAUGUUACUGAAAGUAAUCGCAGAAGGCCCAUGCGGUUAUAUCAGUAAUGGUUUCAAUGUCUUCGACGGUAUUAUUGUCAUAUUGAGUAUCGUGGAAUUGACUCAAUCGUUUGAAAACACCAGCGGUCAAAGGGAAGGCAAUUCCGGUUUGAGUGUUUUAAGAACUUUCAGGUUGUUGCGAAUUUUGAAACUGGUACGUUUCAUGCCGAAUUUACGGCGGCAACUGUUUGUCAUGCUUCGAACCAUGGACAACGUGGCCGUGUUCUUUUCACUUCUCAUUUUAUUUAUAUUUAUAUUCAGCAUUCUCGGAAUGUAUCUUUUCGGUGGUAAGUUUUGCAUGUACGGGAACGGAGCCCGUGAAUGCAACUGCAAAGAAAUUGUCACUAAACAUCCCCUGUGCGUCUGCGAUCGAAAACAUUUUAAUAAUGUACUUUGGGCUACUGUCACCGUCUUUCAAAUACUUACACAAGAAGAUUGGAAUAUAGUGCUAUUUAAUGGAAUGGAGAAAACGAGCCAUUGGGCCGCACUUUAUUUUGUGACGCUGAUGACUUUUGGCAAUUAUGUGUUGUUCAAUUUACUUGUAGCAAUCUUGGUCGAAGGAUUUUCUUCAGAGCGCAAUGAACGUCGCGAGAGAGAACGGAGAGAAAUGGAAAGGCAACAGCAAUCGUCAUGGUGCAAAUGUACUUGUUCGUGUUAUGAAGAAAAAGGCGAAUGCGAAGUUUGUAUUGAACAAAAAAAUUAUAACGCCAAACCGUUUACCGAGCUUAAGAUCGAAAAUCAAAACAGAGAAGUACUACUAAAUAAAUGCAACCUGCACAAGAAUCAAGAAAACGCAAUGACUAUUGUACCACCAAUUAUUACACACACGGCGGCUACACCACAAGAUUCGCCAAAUGCUACAUUCGAGUCUAAAGAUUUCAGGAGGUAUCAAUCACUAACGCCUUAUACGUUCUUGCCGUUUGACACAAACGGCAGUGGGUUUUCUAUGGACUCUAUCGAUUGUUCUACGCGCUCGUCGAUGAACAGCUUACAAAGUGCUUCGAAGUUCCCUAAAAUCAACAACAAGACCACGCUCGUGUCAAGUCCUCUUAAGUUAACCGGCAAUCAAAGUUUCGAAACCAUACCCGAAGAUGUGUCUGGCGGGGAAAAUGGAGAAAAGCUUCAAAGGCGAUAUUCGUGGAAAAUAUCUCGACCAUCGCUUAAAAGAAAAUCAAAAAGCAAUAACACUGACAUCGAAACCGACGAUCAAGGAAUGUUAGUUUUAAAUAACAAUAGCAAUUUAGGAAAUGCAAGUAAAAAUGCGCAAGACCACUUCCAAUGCAAUGGAGUCUUUUCAAAAAAUCAAUCUCCAAACUUCCGCACUACCAAUAAUAAUAUAUUGUCGGAAUACAACACUAUUGAUAGACCAACGUCUUCACUACAGCAGAAUACUGUUAAUUAUGUGCUAAGCACUUGUCAGUACGACUGCUGUCAGCCGUGCAAUUCAGAAAUUUGCGCUAGGGGCGACGACAGAUCGUCCGAACCGUGUUGCGACUGUGAAGCUGAAGACCCCAAAGCCAACAUCCGCAGAGUAUUUUACUUUAUCGAGGAAAAAGGAUGGCUCAAAGACCGAGUGGAAUACUCGCUGUACAUUUUCCCACUAAAUCACCCUUUAAGGAAAUCGUGUGCAAAGUUCAUCAAACAAAAAUGGUUCGACAACGCGGUGCUUAUGUUCAUAGCGCUGAAUUGCAUAACAUUAGCCAUGGAAAGACCGAACAUCCCGCCAGACAGCAGCGAGAGAAUGUUUUUGGGCUCUGCCAAUUACGUUUUUACGGUUGUUUUUGCACUCGAGAUGUUUGUCAAAGUCGUUGCUGCCGGCAUGUUCUACGGAACAGAACCGUACUUCAAGUCAGGAUGGAAUAUCAUGGACGGAUUACUAGUUAUCGUAUCUAUUAUUGAUUUGCUCAUGUCAUUGAUCUCCGAAAGUAGUCCGAAAAUAUUUGGAAUUUUAAGGGUAUUUAGACUAUUAAGAUCUUUACGGCCGUUGAGAGUAAUCAACAGAGCUCCCGGUCUUAAACUAGUGGUACAAACAUUACUGUCUUCAUUAAGACCGAUCGGCAAUAUUGUUCUGAUAUGUUGCACCUUUUUUAUCAUUUUCGGCAUUCUGGGAGUCCAACUUUUCAAAGGAACGUUUUUUCAUUGCGAGGGUCCUAACGUUAAACACGUGCGUGACAAAAGAGAAUGUCUAGCUGACAAGAAAAACGUUUGGGUCAAUCAAAAGUACAAUUUCGAUGACCUUGGCAAAGCGUUAAUGUCAUUGUUCGUUUUGUCGUCUAGAGACGGCUGGGUUAAUAUCAUGUACACAGGCUUAGACGCGGUCGGGGUGGAUCAGCAACCUAUUGAAAAUUAUUCCGAAUGGCGUUUGUUAUACUUCAUAUCAUUCAUACUCUUGGUCGGUUUUUUCGUCCUGAACAUGUUCGUCGGUGUCGUGGUAGAGAAUUUCCACCGGUGUCGGGAAGAACAGGAAAAAGAGGAAAGAGUCCGACGACUGGCUAAACGCGCCAAACAAAUGGAAAAGAAACGUAGAAAAAUGCACGAGCCUCCAUACUACAGAGAUUACAGCAGUGCCCGGCUGUUAGUGCACAGCGUCGUGACGUCUAAAUAUUUCGACCUGGCGAUCGCCGCUGUCAUCGGUCUUAACGUUGUCACUAUGGCUCUAGAGUUCUACAUGAUGCCUAAAGCCCUGACGUACGCGUUGAAAAUAUUCAACUACUUUUUCACCGCAGUUUUCAUAUUGGAAUGCGUGAUGAAGAUGUUGGCCCUCGGGAUGCAGCUUUACGUGAAAGACAGAUGGAACAUACUGGACAUCGGUAUUGUCCUAUUAUCUAUCGUGGGAAUCACGCUUGAAGAACUCGAAUCUAAAAUCAUACCAAUCAACCCGACCAUAAUCCGGGUAAUGAGAGUCAUGCGAAUCGCCAGGGUUUUGAAAUUAUUGAAGAUGGCUAAAGGAAUAAGAGCUCUUUUAGAUACCGUCAUGCAAGCUUUACCACAAGUGGGCAAUUUGGGUUUGCUAUUUUUCCUAUUGUUUUUCAUAUUCGCCGCAUUAGGUGUGGAAUUGUUUGGAAGACUCGAAUGUAGCGAAGAGCAUGCGUGCCAAGGCUUGGGCGAGCACGCACACUUCGGUAACUUCGGCAUGGCGUUUUUGACUCUGUUCCGUGUGGCCACCGGCGACAACUGGAACGGGAUCAUGAAGGACGCACUUAGGGAAGACUGUGACGACGCUGCCGAUUGUGUAAAAAACUGUUGUGUAGCUGCCGGAAUAGCGCCAAUGUUUUUCGUCAUAUUUGUAUUGAUGGCCCAAUUCGUGUUGGUCAACGUCGUCGUGGCUGUUCUCAUGAAGCAUCUCGAAGAAUCGCAUAAACAGAUGGAGGACGAAAUGGAUAUGGAAGAUCAGCUGGAGAGAGAAAUGGCGGCCGAGGAAGAGGAACAAUUGGUGCAAAUGGCACUAGACCAAGAAUACGGAAAUCAAAAUCCACUAUGUAAAGAGUUUUCUUUGCCCGCCGACUUUACAUUCAAAAGCUUACCACCUUCGCCGUUAUAUCAAAACCAAGGAAGAAGGUUCUCGUUCAACUCGUGGAGUGGCCGACCGACAGAACAACCGGUAAUGCACUCUCAGAGAAGACGUCAAACCGUUCAAGAAUCUAAUAUUCUAAUGCCACCUGCAUUAAUGCCUUCGUUCAUGAUACCUCAAUUCAAACCGAGGAAUCGGCAGUUUUUCACGACCCAAAACGACAGGUGCAGCCCACCGAAACCACAGCAAAAAACCAACCCGAGCUCGCAAAAACCGUGUUCGUCGGCCGUGGACGGUCAGUUUUCGGACUGGCAACCCAAGCAAGUGAAGUCGAUGUCGGACUUGGAAUCCGCCGGUCCGACGGCGACCGGCCAUUGUUCGAAAGAAACAAAGAGCAACCUACUUACGGUGCCGCAAAACCCGGUUUUGCUGGCGCCUCCCCCUCAGUCCCGGUCGUACGUGACGUUGGCCAUUCCCGAGGAGAGGUCCGAGGCGCUGGUGCGGUCACGGUUCCCGGGCAGGCGGCCCGAAGACGACUCGAACGCGGUGAACACCCUGGACGUGCGGAUCGAGGCGAGCGUAAAGAGGAAAACUUAAACAACUACUUUGUGAUAAUCGAACACAAGAGAACUCGCGUUAACCGAUAUUUGGGUCGCACAUACAGCAUCUAUACGGGCGCCGUCCCACCCUAUCAUUAUUUACCGAGGUCCCACGGGACUACGGCCAAGUUUCGUUAAGUUUUGUCCUAUAUAUUUAUUACGUUAACUUGAUAUUCCUAAUAAGUGUAGUCCGAUGUUGUCCGUAAAUCGAUUAAACUACUUAAGUAUGUGCUCAAUAUUGCAUUGGCACGUCAUACCCUGCGCGGGUGUUUACAUAUAAGUGUACAAUAGUAUAGGUAAACGAAUCGCUAUAGUUCUUUCGGACUCUUUACGGCGGUUUUAUUAUGUACCUGUAGGACUGACCAAUUUUGUUCGUCUUAAUAACAGCCGUAAGAAUUUUAGGCUAAUGUGUAGUGAACAAAUACAUUUAUAAAGACGGAUGCGGCAAAGCGCGUUUUAUUGAUGGCCGUCCAUUUAUCUCAUAUAAGAAAUCGCAGUCUUAGUAGAUAUUUAAACCCCCGCCGCAGUAGAUCUUCUUAUUGGUAUCCGUUUGAUAAAUGUACGAGACGUUUUUAAUUUGGAAUUUGUACUUUAACGAUUUCUACUUUUAUUCAACGCCGGUCAUUUUUCAUGCCCUAUCGAACCGACCCUGUCCACAAUCAUUACACGUUUAACGUUCGUCUUAUAAUAUAUGUAAUUAUAAAGUAUGACGCCUAACUACCCUCAAAUAUUACACUACUAUCCAGAACGAACUAAAAGGAAAUCACAAAAUAUUUACCAUCACUUAUCAACAUUUAUAUAAAAAAUAUCAUAUAAUGGCUUGCGCAUAAAAGUCACUUCGGGUCUGUAAGUAUUAUACACUCAUCCGUAUGUACGUCGUUUCUUUUAUUAUUGGAUAUUUGAAUCGACGGUUGUAUUUUGUAAGUUAUUUUACAACAAAAUAACGCAUAAUAUUUUUCGAACGUGCCCAUUCAAUAGACCUGGUUACUUCACGAUUUAUAUGCAUACAAUAUAUACAACACAGUAAACGUUUACCAUAGUAACGUUUGAAACGAUAAACAUAUUUUUAUAGCCCAUUUCAUUUCAUACUCCACACAGUCCAUAUAGAAACAUUAUUGACAAUAAUAUGUUUUCAAAAAUAAGCGAUCAGAGUGAUUUUUUUUUUUUUUUAAAUAAAGACCUUGGCUAAACUUUCUGUGCGGUUUCUAGUCGGAACAUAAAUGUUUAUGAUCAAUAUUUAUACUUUCUUAGAAUACAUGACAUAUACAUUAGAAUUGUUAUUAGUAAUCGAGGAUGCGACCUAAGCCAAUUGUUUCUUUGUACCGUAAUUUUAUUGCAAAAACUUUGCAGUAGAACGAAAAGUUUUAAGACCUUAGUUCAUCCGUCUAUCGCUCGGGGUUCUUGUUCUUUUCUUUUGUGUGGCAGUUGAGAUUUUAUUUUAUUGUAGUCAAGUAUGAUAGCUAACUCUAACUCGAGAAAGCGCGUUAAAAAUGUGCACAAGAUUAAAACGCUUUAAUAGUUCAAUCGUUGUUUCCAAAUACCGCAGAUCGUUCAGAGGUCGGGAUAAAUCCGGAUUUUGGAAUGUUCGUGUGUGAGAUCCUUUUUGGCACCCUGAGUGUCGAGUUUCAGCUCUGAUUGCAUACACGUUCAGUGAAAAGUGUACACAAUUGAUUUAUAUACGUGUGAUUUUGGUAAAACUCGUGGGGGGCGUAAGGCUGGAGCACUUGCCUCGCCAGUAGUUUAAGAAAUCAAACUUUUAAUACUUAAUUAUUAUAAAUGAUUAUAGAUGCAUCAAAGCCCGUAGAGAAAAUAUCUGACCUAGUCACUGGGCUAAUUAUAAAAUAAUUAGCAUAAAGUAUAACAUAAUAUUCUCAGAAAUAAUCGGCUUCACAAAAUAAAAGAUUUCGUAUCUCUAAGCUAAAAAAUAAUAUUAAGAUUUACGAAAUUGGUCUACCUACACGAAUAUCGUUAUAGAUUUAUCAUUGAUGUACUUUUAUGUAACUAGGUACCGAUUUAUAAACGGUUAGUUUUUUUUUUUUUGUAUAAUUAGAUAAACUUGAAUAAUUACGAAUUAGCAUAAAGUUGGUCUUUGUAUACGCGUAUUCUCUAUAUGAACACAUUUUUUUUUUAUUAAAAAAAAUUGCGAUUCGAUUUAUCAAUUAUUGAAUCUCGUUUUUUACACCCUUGAUACUGUUUAUCUUUUUGUAUUCAUGAACGUAAGCCCCUCGUCAUUAUUUAUUACAUAGUGUACUGUAGCUUGCCGUGAAAACAAAAAUGGGAAAAGAUAUUAUAUUUACUUUGUCCUUGUUAGAAUAUUAUUUUCUACCACGCCUAUGUCUAUACGCAUAUUUUAUCAAUUAUGUAUAUGCUAUGUCAAAUCUGUGAUAAAGUUAAUGAUUUAGAUAUCUGUCGCCUUAGUAGUGAACAAUAAUUUAUACUUAUAAUAAUACUCGAUUUUAUAUUAAAUAAGCUUCUUUUUUCUUUUUUU